CCUGUGCGAAACUACUUAGCCUUGGCUUAGGUGCCUGAGCAGAGCAGGGAGGUUCUGAAUACAUCAGUGCUCUGCCACUGGGCCAGUAGGCGACGACGUGAGACACUCAGCUAACGCUUGUGUGAACAAAACUUCUCGCGAAAGGCAAACCAUUCCAGCAUAAAAUAUCAGGUCUGAAACCAGGAACCAGGUCACUCGUUCGGACGGACGGGUGGUUGAUACUCCCUAUACCCCCCUAGCUGUUGCUGUUAGCACCGAGGACUGUUUGUAGAAAGCUGCGAAUAGAUCCAUUGGUGGCUUGGUGGUCUCUAUAUAAGGCCUCGAUUUACGAACGAUUGGUCGUGAUACGAUACUCGUCGAUAGACCUAGGCGGCAGCAGGCUGGACUGUGGUCACCUGUAGAUUGCCGCCCUAAACCAUGGACACGUCAGCGACUGAUCAGGCGAAUGACUCAAGCAGUAGCAAUAACAGUGCUGAGCUCAAUGCGGACUCCAUCUUUGUAGAUGUGAGUGCCCACACAGACAAGGUCACGCCAAAGAAACGAAAACCCAUAUGGCCACUCAGUAGAUUUCUGCACGGAAAGCCGGACAGCAGCACAGCAUAUGAGUAUCAUGUGGAUGACGACAGUGAUUUUCCCUUGAAGGAAUACACGCGGAAUGGCGGGGGUCAUACCGGCAAUGGUGGCACAUCCAACGGGCAUAUCGGUCAGCAGAAACAGAAGUUCGAGCAGACGGAUGAAGCGGACACGCCGGCUCAUCAUUCUGGCAUUGACUGGCGGGAGCGCAAAGCCAUGGCGCUGAAGUUCACCUAUACGUAUGUGUACCUGGCGGCAUGUCACGGCAUUGCGCGGGCUAUGCAGAACAAGGCCUCGGUGGCACGGCGUCUGUUCUGGCUGCUUGCAUUCUCCGGUGCCGUCUCUAUGUUCUUCUAUCAGAUCUCCUUGCUUGUCAAACAGUUCACGGAUUAUGAAUUUCAGGUUGACGUGGAGUUCAGCUUCAAUCGGCAGCUGGCAUUUCCGGCCGUAACGUUCUGCAACCUGAAUCCAAUGAAUGUCAAGUUACUGAAUUGUUCUCGAUUCCACGACGAAUGUCUUCAACUUCCAGGUGCAAAUCAAAGUGCUGGUGGACAGCUCAUCAAGACUGACGAUGCUAUAGGCUACGCGCACGAGUACAAUUUCUCUGGAGACCCUAUCACGAGGGCGGAGUACCUUCAGUAUGGAUUCCUUCCAGAGGACAUGGUCAUAACGUGUACCUGGAAUGGAGAGCCGUGUUCUGCCAGGAACUUUACCAUCUCCCAGAAUCCUUUCUAUGGGAACUGCUUUACAUUGAAUGGUGACCCGAAAAACCCAUUACAAACGAACUACCCGGGACGCGAAGCUGGCUUGGCACUAGAGCUCUAUAUGAAUCCGGAUGAAGGAAUUGGAGGGGAGACGUCCACUUCCAGCGGAGUGCGCAUGUCGUUGCAUCAGCCAGGUGUCAAGCCGUUCCCGGACGAGGAUGGCUUCAGCCUGGCAACUGGUGAAGCCACCUUUAUUGGUGUCCGUCAGCUUGAAGUCAGCCGUCUUGGCUCUCCAUACAGCAACUGCACUCAAGAGAAUGAUAAUUGGAAAUCUCUCUAUCCAGGAUACAGCUACUCGAGAACGGCGUGCGUGCAGUCCUGCCUGGCCCAGGAGAUGUUUGACCGAUGUGGCUGUGUGGAGAUCUUCCUGGUCGACAAGCCUAUCUGCAAUAAUGCCAACGUCAACAAAGAGCAAGCUGACUGUGCUGCGGGUGUGAGGCGUGACUAUCGGCUGGACAGGCUCAACUGUGAUCUAUGUUACAACCCAUGUGUUGAUCGCAUCUACCUGCAUACUCUCUCUAAGGCUACAUGGCCAGCUAAAGCCUACCAGUAUUCUUUCCGUGAGACGUUGAAGGAAUUAAACUUUUCUGAUGGAAAUCCCGAGGACUCUAAUGCUGAAGAAAUCUACAGGGAGAAGUUUCUGCGAGCGGUGGUCUACUUUGAGGAAUUGAACUACCAGCGGAUUGUUCAGAAGCCAGCCUACCCUGCGGAGAAUCUCUUUGCCGACUUUGGUGGGCAGAUGGGCUUGUGGGCCGGCCUGUCCUUCCUAGCAUUUGUGGAGCUGUUUGAUUACGUUGGCCAGGUCCUGCUUAUCGCUCUAGGCCUCAAGAAGGUCGUAGUGCUGCCGUAAAUCCAGGCUGGCUGUUUCAAGAAAAGAAACGAAUAAAGACAGAAGCAAGGACUCCGGUAUUUCCUUAAUGCUAUCCCGUUGUAUUUAAAAUUAAGCUAACGCUUAAUGCUGCAGCCUGCCGUUAGUGGACAUUCAAAAGGCGGGUUGAGAACCGUCAAGUGUGCAAUAGAUGUUAGUAUCCAUCUUCCAAUGUUCGCCUGAUGCAGUGAUACUGCACAUAGAAGCGGUCGAGAAUAAUAAUAUGCAAAAUAUCUUUGCCCGAAUGUGUGCAGUGCACAUACAGUGCAAGGUGCACUGUCUUUGAGACCAACAUUGGAUCUACUCUGAGAUCACUGUACUAGUACUUGUACCAUUAUAAUACUAUUAAUUUUUAUAAUAUUCCUAUGCAAUUUCACACCAUAGUCAUAGAUAGGUCUCUUGAGCACGUGUACAUGGAACAUGAUUGUACUGUGCAUGGUCCACUUGAUCACUCUACCGUCUUGUGCAUGCACAGUGUUUGAGAAUGCAACACAUACACACACACACACACACACACACACACACACACACACACACACACACACACACACGCACACACACACACACACACAUACACACACACACACACACACAGUCAAGAGCAUAAUUGCCAGCAUCCAUCUACUACUAAUCUUUUUUAAACUUUAAAAAAAAUUAUUUUACACUUGGA